GUGUGUGUGUGUGUGUGUGUGUGUAUAUAGCAGCGAAAGAGGCGCUGAAACGAGAGGAGGAGUUGCGGCAAGGUCGCUACAGCAUCACGCACAGAACAGCUAGCUACCUUCUCCACCAAACCGAAUUAUAACGGACCUCAUUCGAAAUCUCCAACAGUCGCACUGGAGCUUCACUAAUCACGCGCUGAUCCGGACCUGAGAGCCGAUGCCUUGCGUUAAGACUCGUGUAGCCGUUAAACUCCAUUUGCAUCCGCGUGUGUAAAGUCGCAGACGCCCUGACUGUCUGUAUCUGUAAGCGGAAACUACACGAGUCUUUCCGUUUUGUCUGUGCGUGAGUGAGUGUGGAGAGCUAAAGCUACGUGUUCAGUGAGAACACCCGGCAUCCUUCACUGCAUUGUACCGGGGCCCAUUAGUCGGACAAGUCACGCGUUCUCGGUUGGUCAUGUCUGCGCUUUCCAGCCCUGGAUGUGCGCCGCAGCAGGAGACGGACUUCCUGAGGUUGAACGGCGGUAAAGGACCGUCCGGUCCGACUCCGAGUCAGAGUCGCUUUCAGGUCGAUCUGGUGGCUGAAGCAGGGGGUUCUGAGCAAAACACCGAGUGCUCACCGCGACCUGAGGAUGAGAACGCCGGCAGGCUGCGCGGUGAUGAGGCAGCCAGCGGAGACGAGGCGAAAGGACGCUUCCGCGUGGUGAACUUCGCCGACGCGAGCGGGGCCCCGAGUCCAGACGCAGCGGCCGGUGACGGCCUGCAGAACGGCGACACGGCGCUGAGUGAAGGCAGCAUCCACUCCUCCACCGGCGGCCAGCAGCACUACCACUACGACACGCACACCAACACGUACUACCUGCGCACGUUCGGGCACAACACCAUCGACGCCGUGCCCAAGAUAGACUUCUACCGACAGACCGCGGCACCACUGGGAGAGAAGCUCAUCAGACCCACCCUGUCUGAACUGCACGAUGAACUGGACAAGGAGCCGUUUGAGGAUGGAUUUGCCAACGGUGACGAGCUGACUCCUGCUGAAGAGGCUGCAGCCAAAGAGGCAGCCGAGCCCAAAGGGGUUGUGAAGUUUGGAUGGGUCAAAGGAGUGCUGGUUCGCUGCAUGUUGAACAUUUGGGGUGUGAUGCUCUUCAUCCGCAUGACAUGGAUCGUGGGCCAGGCUGGAAUUGUGUGCUCUUGCGUCAUCAUUUUCAUGGCAACCGUUGUGACCUCCAUCACAGGCUGCUCCACCUCGGCCAUAGCGACCAACGGUUUUGUGCGAGGAGGAGGGGCAUAUUAUUUAAUAUCUCGAAGUUUAGGCCCUGAGUUUGGUGGCUCUAUUGGCCUUAUCUUUGCCUUUGCCAACGCUGUGGCAGUGGCCAUGUACGUCGUGGGCUUUUCCGAGACAGUCGUUGAGCUACUUCAUGAGUCUAAUCUCAUCAUGCUCGAUAAGACUAAUGACAUCCGAAUUGUAGGAAUCAUAACGGUCAUCAUCCUCCUCGGGAUCUCUGUGGCAGGCAUGGAGUGGGAGGCUAAGGCUCAGAUCUUUCUGCUGGUUAUCUUAAUCAUUGCCAUCUUCAACUACUUCAUUGGCACUUUUAUCCCCAUUGAUUCCAAAAAAACAGAAGGAUUCUUCAGCUACGAUUCUGGUAUCCUGCUGGAAAAUUUACUGCCAGACUUUCGAGGUGAAACCUUCUUCUCAGUCUUCGCAAUCUUCUUCCCUGCAGCUACUGGCAUUCUGGCUGGUGCCAACAUCUCUGGGGAUCUUGCAGAUCCACAAAUGGCAAUCCCAAGGGGAACCCUUUUAGCUAUUGUUAUCACCGGCAUCGUCUAUGUGGGUGUUGCUGUAAGUGCAGGUGCGUGCAUUGUGAGGGACGCCACCGGUUUCAAGGUCAACGGAACAGCUCCAAACUGCAGUAGUGCUGAAUGUGUGUAUGGUUUUGACUUCUCCUCCUGCAAGGUUUCUAACACAACUAAGUCCGAUUGUAAGUAUGGACUCCACAAUGACUUUCAGAUCAUGAGUGUGGUGUCGGGUUUCGGCCCCCUCAUCACAGCCGGCAUUUUCUCUGCGACCCUCUCCUCUGCCCUGGCCUCUCUGGUCAGUGCCCCCAAAGUGUUCCAGGCUUUAUGCAAGGACAACAUUUAUCCUGGCAUUGCUGGAUUUGGGAAAGGUUAUGGCAAGAACAACGAACCCCUGCGUGGCUACUUCCUCACGUUCGGCAUCGCGCUGGCCUUCAUCCUUAUCGCUGAGCUGAACGUCAUCGCACCAAUCAUUUCUAACUUCUUCCUGGCCUCCUAUGCCCUGAUCAAUUUCUCAGUGUUCCACGCCUCGUUGGCCAACUCUCCCGGAUGGAGGCCCAGCUUUAAGUACUACAACAUGUGGGUGUCUCUGGCUGGAGCUGUGCUGUGCUGUGUAGUUAUGUUCGUCAUCAACUGGUGGGCUGCGCUCCUGACCAACGUCAUCGUCUUAUCCCUCUACAUCUACGUCAACUACAAGAAGCCAGAUGUGAACUGGGGCUCUUCCACUCAGGCGCUGACCUACCACCAGGCACUCACACACAGCCUGCAGCUCUGUGGAGUCGCUGACCACGUGAAAACCUUCAGGCCGCAGUGUUUGGUGAUGACCGGUGCCCCCAACUCUCGGCCUGCUCUACUCCAUCUCGUCCAUGCGUUCACCAAGAACGUUGGCCUGAUGGUGUGUGGCCAUGUGCGAAUUAGCUCUCGGAGGCCCAACUUUAAGGAGCUGAACAAUGACAUGCUGCGCUACCAGCGCUGGCUUCUCAACAACUGCAAAGCUUUUUACAACCCUGUCAUUGCAGAUGACCUCCGCCUGGGCACCCAGUACCUUCUGCAGGCUGCUGGACUUGGGAGACUGAAACCCAACACACUGGUGCUCGGCUUCAAGAACGAUUGGCAGAUUGCAGACAUGAAAGAAACAGAGACUUACGUCAAUAUGAUCCAUGAUGCCUUUGACUUCCAGUAUGGUGUCGUCAUUCUCCGACUGAGGGAAGGCCUUGAUAUUUCUCAUAUUCAAGGCCAAGACGAUUCCUCAGGCAUGAAGGAUGUAGUGGUGUCUAUCGACAUGAGCAAAGACUCAGAUGGUGACUCGUCCAAGCUCUCAUCCAAGACCACAAGUGUUCAGAACAGUCCAGCUGUCCAGAAAGAAGAUGAUGAGGAUGGCAAAGCUCCGACACAGCCGCUGUUGAAAAAAGAUAAAUUGAGUCCCACUACACCCCUGAACAUUGCUGAUCAGAAGCUGCUGGAGGCCAGUCAGCUUUUCCAGAAGAAGCAGGGAAAAGGAACGGUGGAUGUCUGGUGGCUGUUCGACGACGGUGGUCUCACGCUGCUCAUUCCGUACUUGCUCACCAACAAGAAGAAGUGGAAGGACUGUAAGAUCCGUGUGUUUAUCGGGGGCAAGCUCAACAGGAUCGAUCAUGACCGCAGAUCGAUGGCCACACUGCUCAGCAAGUUCAGGAUAGAUUUCUCUGAUAUCACAGUUCUUGGAGACAUCAGUACAAAACCCAAGGCUGAGAGAUUGGAAGACUUUUCCCAAAUGAUUGAGCCCUAUAAGCUGAGAGAGGACGACAUGGAGCAGGAGGCAGCGGAGAAGCUGAAGGCCGAAGAACCUUGGAGAAUCACAGAUAAUGAGCUGGAGCUUUACAAGGCCAAGAGUAAUCGUCAAAUCAGACUGAAUGAGCUUUUGAAGGAGCACUCGAGCACAGCCAACCUCAUUGUCAUGAGUAUGCCCUUGGCCAGAAAAGGGGCGGUGUCCAGUGCCCUGUACAUGUCCUGGUUGGACACACUGUCCAAGGAUCUCCCUCCUAUUCUACUGGUUCGUGGCAACCAUCAGAGCGUCCUCACAUUCUACUCUUAAACAAUUUGAUCAUCACUGAUCCUGUAAAGCACACCUUGAUGACAUGCUGACACUUAACACAAAUGUGCACACACCAACACAAUGAAGGGAGAUUAACUGGGACUGUCGGGUAAUGAGUGUGAUGGACAAGUGGACAAUACAGAGCCUGAGUGCAUCUUUGGCAAGGUCUUCAUUUUUAUAGCUCAGUGAUGUCUGCCACUGAGAAAUUACGUGGAGACCGAAAAUGAGAACUUUGGAAGUGCUUUAUCCAGGCAUCAGAAAACAAGAUAAGAACCUGUUCAAUGACAUGAGGUCACAGUUUCCUUGGCUCACAGGUAUCUGAGCAUGAAGUACAUAUUGUUCUGAUCACCAUUAGCAUCAUUAGAAACAUCAUAAUAAAUUGUGGAUAUAUAUAUAUUUAUAUUUUGCUUUUUGAUCAGCAAUAAUCACCCUUUGUUCCUUUUUCCUUACUUGGGAUAAAACCAUGCAGAAUGCUUUGCAACACCUUUUACAGCCUUAUAGAUGUGCCUUCCAGUUCAAUCAAAUUAGAUUAUUACUCUUUGCCCUGAUGUGUGUCCAAGUAAAUUUAGAUAUCUUCGAGUGUCUUUCAAAAUUGGGUAUUUAAAAUGGUUACAUUUCAAUGAUUUUUUUUAAAAUGCUGGUGUACUAGCAUUGGCAUUGGUUUCCACUCCUUAUAAAAAUGUAUUUUUUUUUCCUUUUCUGGAAAGGUUUAUUUUUCUCCAGUUGCCUUCUAUUCUUUAUUUUUUUCAUUUAUUUUUCAUAUUUCAGGUCUUCCUUUAAACUGUGAACGGGUUUUAUUGUCCUUAGUGUAGUACCCUCCACUAAUCCUGGAUGUGAAUUCAAAUGUACGGUUGUAGAGAACUCUAACCAGAACACUGUAGAACUUGAUCCCUCAAGGGAAGACAACAGCCUAUGGCUUUAAGAUGACAGGUUCUUGACUGAAGGACGUUGUCCCAAAUAGCAGGACAUCAAAGCUGCUAUAAAGUGAUGGACACACAGAACAAUCAACCAAAUAAAAAAUAACCUCUUGAACAUGCAUAUACCUAAUUCCACAAUUCUGCAGGUUCUGCUAUCGAGGAGGACUUUGCCUUAAAAGCAGAAGUAAUGAUUGUUAACUUCUAUCUUAUAAGCCAUACUGGCUGGUUGUUUGAUUAGCGGGUAAAUGCAGUUGUAGACAGAUCAUUAGAAUAAAAACGGAAUGUGUAAUGUCA